ACCCUAUCAACCUCCAGUCGACGUAUUAGCCACAUGUAUGGUCGAAGCUGCGCACUCUUUGUAUAGGAUAGCAAACAUCGCACAAACCGUGACGUCACUUUUCCGUGGGAGAAUAAAACAAUGAUAUAGGAAUUCCAUGCUAUUCAAUCAGUAUAAAUUAGUUAUAUGAAAGUAUCUGACUUCAGCAUGGGUCGAAACUUGUGACUCUAUUGAUCAACGUGAAAGAUUAUGGUAUUGUAAUAGAAAACAAAGGUCUAUUUAAUAGUAUAAAAUAACUUGUCGAUUUUUUAUUACAAAAAAAAAAAAAGGCGAAACUAAACACCAACGCAAAACAAGGAGACAGGCAUAACCGGAACCCAAUAUAUAUUUGGGAAGCUGAAUAGCAAGAGUACUUGUGUGAGAAGCAGUGGCCUAGUGAGUACAUACGGGACUACGCGAGUUCCUGAUCAGUCGGAAACUUAUCUUAUCGGCAGUGACAGGCCACAGGACGUGUCCAUUGGAACACUACGUUUUAUUUCCUGCAAAUACAACCAUACAACGACAUAUCCAAUAUGAGGACCUGUUGUUGUUUACUAGUGCUUUGUUUUGUGACUGUCUCCAUUAUUGAUGCAUUCCCUCAAAGAUCUCACUCGAGAACGAAACGUGGUUUCAGACAAGGAAUAGUCAUGCGAAUAGGACAUGGAUUCGGCAAAAGGGGAGAUAACUUGUUUGAAGACUUUGAUCGAGGGACAGAGGAGGAAAAUAAUUCGCAGGUUUUAAUGCGCGUGGAAGAAUUAACUGAGCAUUUAGCAGACCACCCUGAAAUUGCAGAGGCCUUGAUUCGGAAGUUCGUAGACAAAAAUGGUGACGGAGUGGUGACAACAGAAGAGCUGCUCGGUAAACCAGAAGUAUAGCACUCCCACAAAUAGAGGGAUCAUGUCACAGGACGUGACAAAAAGUAUCCCUCUAAGUGGUCAGGAUUGCGAUGUAUAUUAUAUAUAUUCAUUGCAAAAACAGAAGUUACGGAUUUCGGUGGGAAAAACAAAGUUAUUUAUAUAUUGUAGCCCUACCUGGCAGCAUAAUGUAAUCAGAUUGAUGUGAAAGAAGGAAAUCAGAAAAAAAAAGUUUACAUAAGGUCGGUUAUCAAUCGACAAUGAUAAACGUGUACAAAGGUAAAUUGCUUCUCUUGAGACAACUAAAGACAUGAAAACAGAAGAAUUCAAUAUGGGCAUGAGUGGAUUUGAAUUUAUCUCCAAUUUCGACGGAACAGUGGUUUCCUUUUUUGCAAAACUGUUUUGUUUUUUUCUUCUUUUUUUCUCCCCCUUUUUUCAUCAAAUUUACUGUUAAAAAUGGUUGAAAAUACUGAUUGAUGACUUUGAUAACACGCAAGUAAAAGAACUGAAGUAAACUUAAUUUUGAUUAUAUAUAUAUAAGUGGUCAGACUGUGAACAUGAACAAAUGCAACUAGGACUAAUAUUUUCUCCUUCAAAUGGAAUACUCGGAUCGAUUGCCUUCAUCUCCAGAACAUAUCCGGAAAAUGCUUAGUUGGUGUGUUCCUGAAUGUUCCUGACCAUUUCUGACAAUAAUCUUGAGCUGUCUUUACCUAAUCACUAUAUGUGUUCAGCAUGUGACAGUUAUAUAGUCAAGUUCUUCGCCAUGACUGACAAAAACUAUAUAAAACACAGUCUACAAAUUAUGUAUUAUUAAGUUAUAUCUGAUUUACACUACACUUAACAUUGCUUCAUGGCUACGUUACUACCAUUAAAUGAAAAGGGAAUGUUUCCCAGCGGCAACUUAUUUUUUACUUGCA